UUAGUAUGGUCAGGGCGUGAGUUGGGUGGGUAGUCUAUGUUUGUUUUUCUAGGUUUUGGUUAUUUCGAUGUUUCGGCCUAGUAUGGUUCUCAAUCAGAGGCAGGUGUCAGUAGUUGUCUCUGAUUGAGAAUCAUACUUAGGUGGCCUGGGUUUCACUGUGUGUUUGUGGGUGAUUGUUUCCUGUCUCUGUGUGUGCACCAGAUAGGACUGUAAUUUGAGUUUUCACAUUUUUGGUUUUGUUAGUUUGUUCAUGUGUACCUGAUAGCAUUAAAAAGUACCAUGGAAAAUUACCACGCCGCGUAUUGGUCCUCUGAUCCGUUUCGCCUCUCCUCUUCGGAAGAAGAGGAGGAAACUCGUUACAGAAUCACCCACCACAAUCGGACCAAGCGGCGUGGUAAAGGACAGCGACGACAGCAGCAGCAGCAGCAACAACAGCGGCCACCAUCACAGGACUCCUGGACAUGGGAGCAGAUACUGAACGGAGAGGGACCCUGGGCACGGGCUGGGGAAAAUCGCAGCCCCAAAGCAGAGCUGGAGGCAGCGAAAGCUGAUCGGCGGCAAUAUGAGGAGCCAGCACGGCAGUGCGACAGGUACGAGAGGCAGCCCCAAAUUUUUUUUGGGGGGGGGCACACGAGGUGUGGUACUAAGCCAGGUAGCAGACCUGAGCUCACUCCUCGUGCUUAUUAUGAGCAGCGCAUUACUGGUCAGGCACCGUGUUAUGCGGUUGAGCGCACGGUGUCGCCAGUGCGUGUCCAUAGCCCGGUGCGCUAUAGGGCAGCCCCCGAGAGUGCCAUGCGAGUGUGGGCAUUGAGCCAGGGCGUAUGGUGCCUGCUCAGCGGGUCUGGUCGCCGGUACGCAGUCUUGGUCCAGGUUAUCCUGCGCCGGCUCUGCGUGCUGUGUCUCCGGGGCGCUGGGAGGGUGCAGUGCGUCCUCUGCCUGCGCUCCGCUCGUACCGGGCAACUGUGGGAGUGGAGCCUAGGGGAGAGGUGCGUGUAGUAAGCACUAGAUCUCCCGUGCUUACCCACAGCCCGGUUCAACCUGUGCCUGCACUCUUGAGGGUCCGGGCUCGAGUAGUUGUCCAGCCUGGGGAAGUGGUGCCAAGGUUGCGCACCAGAGCUCCAGUGCUCCCCCACAGCCCGGUCUUUCAGGCUCCUCCUAACACCAAGCCUCCUGAAAGUCUCCCCAGCCUGGUAGUUCCUGUGGCAGCCCCACGCACCAGGCUGUCUCUCAGUCUCCUCCCUGCAGGUGCUCCCGCCUGUCCGGCGCCGCUGCCGGAGCCUCCCGCCUGUCCGGCGCCGCUGCCGGAGCCUCCCGCCUGUCCGGCGCCGCUGCCGGAGCCUCCCGCCUGUCCGGCGCCGCUGCCGGAGCCUCCCGCCUGUCCGGAGCCUCCCGCCUGUCCGGCGCCGCUGCCGGAGCCUCUCGCCUGUCCGGCGCCGCUGCCGGAGCCUCCCGCCUGUCCGGCGCUGCUGCCGGAGCCUCCCGCCUGUCCGGCGCUGCUGCCGGAGCGUCCCGCCUGUCCGGCGCCGCUGCUGGAGCGUCCCGCCUGUCUGGCGCCGCUGCCGGAGCGUCCCGCCUGUCUGGCGCCGCUGCCGGAGCGUCCCUCCUGUCCGGCGCCGCUGCCGGAGCCUCCCGCCUGUCCGGCGCCGCUGCCGGAGCGUCCCGCCUGUCCGGCGCCACUGCCGGAGCCUCCAGCCUGUCCGGCGCCGCUGCCGGAGCGUCCCGCCUGUCCGGCGCCGCUGCCGGAGCCCCUCAGCCCAGAGGCGCCAGAGCCCCUCAGCCCAGAGGCGCCAGAGCCCCUCAGCCCAGAGGCGCCGGAGCCCCUGCCCCUCUGUCCAGAGCUUCUGCCCCUCUGUCCCGAGCUGCCCCUCUGUCCAGUGGGGUCAUUGAGAGGGGUUGCCAUGGUUCCUGUGGGCACAGAACCAGAUGGUAUGAACAUCUUGGGCCUGGUUCUCUUUGCCAUGGUGUUCGGUGUGGCACUGAGGAAGCUGGGAGAAGAGGGGGAGGAGCUCAUACGCUUCUUCAACGCUUUCAAUGAAGCCACCAUGGUGCUGGUGUCCUGGAUCAUGUGGUACGUCCCGUUCGGCAUCAUGUUCCUGGUGGGAAGUAAGAUAGUGGAGAUGGAGGAUGUGGUUCUGUUAAUAAAGCGGACAAAGACAAUCGUGAAGUGGGGUCCGCGUCCCGCGCCAGAACCGCCACCGCGGACAGACGCCCACCCAGACCCUCCCCUAUAGGUCAAGGUUUUGCGGCCGGAGUCCGCACCUUUGGGGGGGGGUACUGUCACGUUCUGACCUUUAUUUUCUGUGUUUUGUGUUUAGUUAGUAUGGUCAGGGCGUGAGUUGGGUGGGUAGUCUAUGUUUGUUUUUCUAGGUUUUGGUUAUUUCGAUGUUUCGGCCUAGUAUGGUUCUCAAUCAGAGGCAGGUGUCAGUAGUUGUCUCUGAUUGAGAAUCAUACUUAGGUGGCCUGGGUUUCACUGUGUGUUUGUGGGUGAUUGUUUCCUGUCUCUGUGUGUGCACCAGAUAGGACUGUAAUUUGAGUUUUCACAUUUUUUGUUUUGUUAGUUUGUUCAUGUGUACCUGAUAGCAUUAAAAAGUACCAUGGAAAAUUA